AUGCAGACUGCUUCUACAAACAUUUGUGAAAUACUGUGCAAUAAGUCUAUCAGUGACAUUUCCUUGCACCUAAAUAUUCCACGGUCAACUUUUAGUGGUAUUAUAACAAAGUGGAAGCAACUGGGAACAACAGAAACUCAGCCACGAAGUGGUAGGCCACGUAAAAUGACAGUGCACUGUGCGCAGAAAUCGCCAACUGUCUGCAGAGUCAAAAGCUAAAGACCUCCAAACUUUGUGUGCCUUCAGAUUAGCACAACAACAGUACAUAGACAACUUCAUGGAAUGGGUUUCCAUGGCCAAGCAGCUGCAUCCAAGCCUUACAUCACCAAGUGCAAUGCAAAGCAAUGGUGUAAAGCAUUAGGCCACUGGACUCUAGAGCAGUGGAGACGUGUUCUCUGG